CACCAAUAUCUUAGAAAUCCCCAAGCGGCGCGGCGAAUCGUUCGUUUGAAACGCAUUAUAAAUAUAUGACUAAGUUAACUCUCAUAAGCCUGAGGUAAAAUCUGCCGAACGGGUCGAGCUCGACGGGCCUGCGAAUAAAAAAUACUUUAAGCCGUCAACGUUAUAUAAUCUAAAUAUUAUAUAUCCUGUAAAUCGGCAAGCUGUGUGUAAUUUAGCUCUGAUAUUAGAUAGGUCAACGGCUGCUGUCUGGCUCUUUUGUAACGGUCGCUGUGUGUCAGUGUGUGUGUGAAUCACAGUUCACCUUAGUUGAACUUGUGUGAUCUAGUUCACGGUAGUGAGAGGCUGUCGGUCCGGUCCAGUGGCUGCAUGUGGGGAGGACGAACAGCUAUUCUUGAUCCUAAAAAAACCCGAAACUACCCUAAAAAGACGCGGUCGUCGUGUUACUGUGUAUAAAUUGGAACGUUGUGAUUGUUUGCUCGUCUGUGCGCGUGAAGCGGAUGGACGUAACGGUCGUUCGUGUUUUAAGUAUCCGCGCGACAGGAAUCCACCGUGAAGAAUGACAUCUCUCCACUACAACCUCAACUUGAAUUACAAAAACGGUCGUAACGGCGUACUCACCGGGUAGAAGUUUCUUUUCUUUGUUUGUUUGGUUCUCUUUGGCUUUUUCCGAACUAAGGAGCAUGAUAAAUCCAGUCAGAUGAAGCGGAGACGGAGCGGUGUUUAUUGUUUGGUUGAAAUGGUGAAAUUUCUCUCGGACUCAGCCCAGAGAUGGAAUGCACUUCCACCUUUUUAUCGGGUUUGAGGAGCGCGCAUAGAGACUUCGAAAUGCGCUGUGAGACUCAAGUUUUGCAGGACUAUGCAGGGCUGGUGAAGUGAGAAGAAAAGGCCUUCAGCACUUGCCUGGAAUGUUUCUAUGUACCGACGCCUGUUUAUAUAUAAGAUGGCAAAACCAGAGGGUGCCUACCUACUGUACCUUUUGAAGAAUUUUGAAGGAUCUCAGAAUGAAGCUGAAGCUAUCAGACAGAGACCGAUGAUUGAUUCAAAGCUUGCCGUGGUCCAGCGCCAUGGUAGAUAUGCCGAGUCUGUACAGUCCUUCAUCGCCACUGGGCGAUCCAAUGCUGGACAGCCCUUUAUGCGGAGAGCUCAUUGGUGACAUUCAGGAUCUAGAGGAGAUCUCUCAGUCUCUAAGUGAAGAUACACUCAGCAUGCUGGACUUCCAAAGCUCCGACACAGCUUUAGACAACUCCACCGGCUUAGAUGUCUUAACGCCAGCUUCCAGUCCAGCCUCAGUGAUCUCAACAAACCCUACCCAAGAUGAAAACUCUGGUUCUCUUACCCUCGAGUGUCGUGUCUGUGCCGACCGUGCCUCCGGGUUUCACUAUGGAGUGCAUGCCUGCGAAGGGUGCAAGGGGUUCUUCAGGAGAACCAUUCGUCUCAAACUGGAGUAUGACAAGUGUGCACGCAAGUGCAGGAUCCAGAAGAAGAACCGGAACAAGUGCCAAUAUUGCCGCUUUCACAAGUGCCUCGCGGUGGGCAUGUCCCACAAUGCCAUCCGUUUCGGGCGAAUGCCUAUGUCCGAGAAGCAGAGGCUGAGAGCCGAGCAGGUAAUCGACAGGAAGGAGGAAAACGAGACUAAGCAGCCAGACGCCAAGAGUCUUGUCAGGCUGAUUCAUGAAGCCUACCUCAAACACUUCCACAUGAACAAAGCCAAAGCCCGCAUCUUCCUCACAGGAAAGACAAGCACUCCGCCCUUUGUCAUCCAUGACCUAGACACCCUCCGGCAUGCCGAGCAGACUCUGGUCACCCAACUGCUUGGUAACAUGGCAGCCAGCGAUGCCUCCGACAUGCAGGAGAGAGAAGUCGAGGCUCGGCUCUUUCUCUUCUGUCAAUACGCCUCGGUAGAGACGGUGACAGAGCUGACGGAGUUUGCCAAGGCUGUGCCUGGCUUUGCCGCCCUGGACCUCAAUGACCAGGUCACCCUGCUGAAGUAUGGGGUGUACGAGGCACUUUUUGCUCUACUGGCAGCUUGCAUGAACAAGGAUGGGUUGCUGGUCGCUCGGGGCAGUGGCUUCAUCACUCGGGAGUUUCUGAAAAGCCUGCGCAGACCCUUUAGUGACAUGAUGGAGCCUAAAUUUCAGUUCGCAAUGAGGUUUAAUGCUCUGGAACUCAAUGACAGUGACCUGGCGCUGUUUGUGGCAGUCAUUAUAUGCUGUGGAGACCGUCCAGGGCUGAGCAGCGUAUCACAAAUCGAGAGCAUCCAAGAGAGCGUAAUUCACGCACUACAGCUCCACCUGCUGGCCAACCACCCUGACAACAAUUUACUCUUUCCCAAGCUGCUCCAGAAACUGGCCGACUUGCGUCAGCUUGUGACGGAGCAUGCGGAGCUGGUUCAGGAAAUCAAGAAGACAGAAGAUGCCUCGCUUCAUCCGCUCCUGCAGGAGAUCUACAGAGAUAUGUACUGAACUCAGAAUCUCUCUAUGCUGAUGAUGACUUCAGUUCUCAGGAAGUGCUAAUACUCGGAAAGAUCAUCAGGAGAUGAGAUAAAGGAAGUCUCGGAGUCGGUGGAUUACAGACCUGCUUUCAGAUGAUGAAGGUCUGAUGAGGAAGUCCUUGGGGUGCACAGCUGCUUUGCAUCAUGCACCGCAAUUACGGGGCGAACCUCAACGGGUUCCUGCUUAUUAAUAAUGCACUGACCUUUAUAAGGACACCGCCCACAAAAGUGCACUAGAGAUGGCGUCCAUCCAUAAUGCUCGGGCUGCCUCCCCUCAACAUGUAGUUAUGGAGAUUAACACUACAGUUUAAGUUCAUGCACAUCACUGCCUCUAUCUAAUAUAAUAAAUACCUACAGUCAGAGUUUAGGAGUAUAUACUGUAGCAGAUCUUAUAGCAGUGACUCUUUCCUGAAAACUGUGUGGGUAAUAUUUUAAUACCAGGUAUGUAAAGAGCCAUAAAAACCAUACUGCUUGUUACCUCAUUUUAAAUGCAUGUAUAUGAAGCAUCAUUUGUACAAAUAUUUUGUAUAAAACGCAUUGUUGUACAGUGUAUAGCACUCCAACUGUAAUAUUUUAGUACUGUACUUUUGGACUUUUUCUUAUGGAUUUUAAUAAUAUGUAUUUUUAGAAAUUAAGACUAAUAUUUGGGAUGUUUUGUGUUUUCCUACUGUAUAUUUUGAUCUUAAAGGGGCCAUUGCAUGAAAAUCUGACUUUUUCCAUGUUUAAGUGCUAUGAUUGGGUCCCCAGUUCUUCUAUCAUCCUAGAAAAUGUGAAAAAGAUCAACCCAGUAACUAAGUUUUGGUAAACCAUUCUCUACAAGCACAUGAAAAAAUAGGUCGUUGAAAUUUGGCUCUGCUUAUGAUGUCAUAAGGAGCUCUUAUUAUAAUACCACCCCUUAAUCUGCACUAUCCAACCACAGCACUGCCAUUUAGUGCAGAGAGAAAGAAAUAGAGAAAAAAUAAUUCACAGCACAAUUGAGUUUCAAUUUCAACAAACCACCAUCAUUGUGAUCAGUGUUUGCACUUCAUCCGCUCAUUUGCAUUUUAAAGGACACACCCAAAAUGGCAUUUUUGCACACACCUACAAAGUGGCAAUUUUAAAAAUGCUAUAAUAAAUUAUCUAUAAGAUAUUUUAAACUAAAACUUCACAUAUGUGCUCUGGGGACACCAAAGAUUUAUUCGACAUCUUAAAAUGUCUUGUGACAUGGCCCCUUUAAAGUACGCUUUCAGAUAUACAUGCUAAACAUCAGAUCCGUUAUAAAAACUGAUCUAGUACUUGACUGAUAAAUUAUUGUUUAUUAAAAUGUGGUAAUGUGAAAGAAAUAUAAAUUGCCUUAGUACUUGAGCACUUUUAAUCAUCAUCAAAGAAUUAUAUUGUGAUACUUUUUUUGCUUCAUUAUUUCAUCUUUAACUGUGGGAUUGUGUAGAGUAACUGUGUACUGCGAAAGACUGAAAAUUAAUUAUGUAGUUUUAAAUUAAAAACGUUCAAUAUAAA